GCCGCUGCUGCUGGAGUGCGGGGGGUUUCUGUGCCGCGCUUUUAGCAACCGCGUGUGUAUCCAUCCGCCAUAAGCUACAUCGCUGCAGAGAAAGCACCGAGUGAACACUGACUCGUUGAUCGUGAGACAGAAAAGCCGCCUGCUGCCAGAAAAACAUGUCGGCCACCGCGACGCGCGAAAAGAGGAGCACGGUCACCUCCGCCGCCGCCGCAGCCACUAAUAACAACGGAGAUAACGGCAACGAGGAGCCUGCUACCGAUGGGCCCGAGCUGCUGGAGAACUGCGGGGUGUGUAAGAGCCGGCUGAGGGCAGAGCGGGAGCCUCAGCUGCUGCCCUGCCUGCACACUAUGUGUAAGACGUGCCUGAGCGCCGAGCCCGCCGAGGCCAGCCCUGACCCCGGAUCCGUUGCGAUUAACUGCCCUGUCUGCAAGAAUCAGUGCUAUCAGAGGGACAUUGUCGAGAACUAUUUUCUUAGAGAGGAUUCUUCUGCAGACCAAGUAGCUGAAACCAUUCAGCGGUGCACCAGCUGUGAGGACAACGCCAUAGCUAAUAGUUACUGUGUGGAGUGCACAGAGUGGCUUUGCGAAACCUGCGUUGAGGCUCACCAGCGUGUCAAGUACACAAAAGAUCACACUGUCAAAGUCACAAGUGGCUCUAAGAAGGAAGCUGAACAUACAGUGUACUGCCCAGUCCAUAAGCAAGAACCCCUUUUGCUCUUCUGUGAUACCUGUGACACAUUGACCUGCCGUGACUGCCAGCUGCAGGGACACAAGGAUCAUCAGUAUCAGUUUUUGGAAGAUGCUGUCAAGAACCAACGGAAAAUACUUUCUGCUCUAGUGAAGAGAUUAGGAGAAAAGCAUGUUCUUCUGCAAAAGUCCACAAAGGAAGUUCAUUCUUCGAUUCGCCAAGUAAUCGAUGUACAGAAGAAAUUACAAGUAGAUGUGAAGAUGGCGAUCUUGCAAAUUAUGAAGGAACUUAACAAACGUGGCAAACUACUUGUAAAUGAUAUGCAGAAAGUCACGGAAGGACAGCAGGAUAAAUUGGAGAAACAGCACUGGAAUAUGAAUAAACUUCAGAAGCACCAGGAACACAUUCUCCGUUUUGCCACCUGGGCAUUGGAGAGUGAUAACAAUACAGCCUUGCUGCUUUCUAAGAAAUUGAUUUAUUUCCAGCUGCACCGUGCUUUGAAAGUGGUUGUGGAUGCUGUAGAGCCACUGGGAGACUUAAGAUUCCAGUGGGAUGCUGAUACCUGGACAAAGCAUGCAGAGUUUUUUGGUAAAAUUGUCUCUGAUAAAACUGGGGUUGUUUCAUCAACUGCAACUCAGUCAUUGAACUCGUCUCAAGUACUGACGCCACUCACCAACUUUAAUCCAAUGGUGCAGAAUAGAGCAAGACCUGGGGGUUCUCAAGGCAGAGCUGCUGCAGGUGGCCCUGGGAGCUUCAUGCAGUCUAUGGAUGACUAUGAUGGAACAGAGGGUGAAUCAUCUGGUUUAGAUGCCUUAGGCGGACAGAAAAGGGGACGUAGUUCAGAGGGUGGUGAUGUAAAUGAAUUAUUGAAGAAGGUUCCUCGUGUGAGUUUAGAACGUUUGGAUGUGGAUCUUAACCCUGAUACUCAGCCGCCAGUCUUUAAAGUUUUCCCCGGAAACACCAAUGAAGACUAUAAUUUAAUUGUGAUCGAGCGAGGAAAUAAUGGUGGAGAGCCUGUUGUAAAAGAGGAAGCCAUGGAAACGGGCAUCAGUAUUCCCACAGUUGAAUCUGGUGAGGAAAAACCUUACGUGCGGCCUGACGGUUUGCCAGAAAAUGUGACUCCUGCAGUUCGCCCACCAAGCACCACCAGUGAUGCUGCUGCUGAAUUCCAAGGCUCCAGUACGGCUGCAGUUUCAGAUGCUGUAACUGGUGCUUGUAAGGUGUGCCAAAAGGAAGGAGCGCUGCUUUCAUGCAACCAGUGUAAGAGCACUUUCCACCGUGACUGCCAUCUGCCAGCGAUCAUUGAAAAUAUAAGUGGAGAUUGGAAGUGUAUGCUAUGCCUGGAAAUAUCCAAGGAUGAGCAAGGUGAAGCGGCUUCAGAUGAUGCCACCAGCCUCUCCCCCAUCGAUCAGAAGAAAUGUGAGCGUGUGUUGCUAGAACUGCUUUGCCAUGAACCUUGUCGGCCCUUCCACAGACUAUCUGCUAGUGGGGAUGGAGACCCAAUGAUCGACUUGACACUCAUCCGAGCCAAGCUACAACAGAAGUUAUCACCUUUUUAUGCCUCCCCUGAUGACUUUGUGUGUGACGUCUGGAUGAUGUUUAGGAACGUCAGCAAGUUUGCAGAGGAUAAAGCGGUGGUCCAGUCGAUCAUUGAGCUUCAGGCUUUCUUUGAAGCAAGGCUCAGUCUUCUGUUUGGUGAUCGCAAAUUUUCAUGCCUCCUGGGAGAAGCCGGACGAGAUGACGAACCGCAUAGUGAAAGUGCGACUCAAAGAAGUUCCCCUGUGAGCACAACCAGCGACAGCGUAUCUUCUGUUAAAAAUGGUGCUGAACAGAUUUAACAAUCUGUCUGGAUACAUCCACUUCUGGCCCCUUUUUUUUUUUUUUUUUUUUUCAAUGUGACAUGCGCAUGUCUAGUUUCAAAGAAAGUGACAACUGCGCAAAUGACUGGAAAAUUCUAUAGCCCUUCCCCUCUCUUCCAUAGAUGAACCCUAGAUGCAAGGAACGGUGGAUGACCCUGACAGGCCUGUAAUGUAGAGUUAGUAAGCUCUUAUCUGUCUCAUUCACACAGCGUGUAUCAAAUCUGAGUCUUUGUUUCUAUAACUGCUCCUAAUGCAUUUCCAGUUGUCAAACAAUUGUUCUCACAUGAAAAGGUCACAAAUCACGUCAAUGUUGGUGAGGCCCCAAGAUAUUGGUCUAUGCCUAGCUGGUAAACAGGAGUGGCAUGUAACACUCUUCCUCCCGUGUAGUGUAUAGAUUCUGUGGGGUUGGCCAGGAUGAGCCUUGCUACGUCCUACUAGUUUGUGUUCUCUGCUCUUCCAGUACCUGAAUUUUCAUCCUUACAUGGCAGCCUAGUCCAGGACCAAAUGUUUCUCUGCUGCCUUUAACCCUAUAUUGUGCUCCCCCAAGCAGAGUGGCUUUAGGUUUGCCUGUGUUAAUACAGCACUGAUAGGCCUCCUUUUACCAAUACAAUCAUAUUGCUGGCACUGUUUUUAUUUGGGUUUACAGAACGUUACCUGUUACACAACCAGUAUGGAAUCCUGUAUUGCAGGCUCACGACCAGAAUGCAAAUACAAAAUGCUACCAAGUAUUGGUAGGACUCAUUACAAGGAAACUCCCACGUCUACUUGCCCUCUAGGUGUCAAGUUUGGAAGUUGUACUGUGUAGAGCUUGGUGCCAUCUAUAUUGUCAUAGAAUCCCAACCCCGUCCCCCUUCUAUAUUUCCUUAAUCACUUGGAUUAAAUAGAAUAAAGUCUGCAUUGAAGUCGUAUGGUUUUAUGCUUUUUUUUUUUUUCAUUAACUCCUGAAAGAAAACCUGGAUACUUGGGUUCUUGAGUUAUAUUUUCUUUUUUUUUUUCUUUAAACUUUUCAGAAACUGCUUUCAGAAUGUAAAAUCAAAAGUUUUUAUUUUACAAAAUACUCACUAAUUAUGUAGUUUGAUGCUGUACACUGCUCUUAGUGAUGUUGAAUGUCUUUAGAAGAGCGAUUUGACCCGUCGAUUCUUUGUGGCCAUUCUGAAUGGCCCUGAUGCCCGUAACAAGUUCUCCAAUGAACGCAGGACACUUCAGGAUUAGAAUCCACUGAGGACAUGUUGGACAGAUCUGAGCUGAUCUAUUAUACUGUUAUUCCCUGUUUGACAUCUGCCCCUCCCCCAGUAUUACUGUUGUAGCCUUUUAACACCUGUCUACUCAUUAGCUGAUGUCCUGUUUGCCUUGAUAUUAAUGGAGAUGCUGGUGAGAACAUUUUGUAAGAGCAGUAAACCUUUAAGAAGACUUUUUGUUUUAUUUUUUAUGAAAUAAAGCUUAAACACUUACACGCUUGUAUUCGUACUACAGACUUGGCAUUUAUUCUAGUUCUGAUUUAUUACUAAUACCUAGCUAAAUAUGGCUGUAUAUUUUAGAAUGCUUCAUGUGAAAUAAACAUUUGGUGCAUUGGUUUCCUG